AUGGCGUCCUUCAGUGCUGCAGGAGAAGAGGAGGACUUUGAUGAAGACGAUUUCAUCCUGGGAAAUGAAGACGUGCUGGAUGAUGAAAAGCCAAGGCUCCUUGGCCCAGUUAAUAAAGGCCCUAACAGUAAUACGAAUCGAAGGCAUGUUCAAAAUGGGUUUGGUGUCCCCCUUCCUUCACAAAUGCCAAAUAAGGACAUGCGAUCAACAGAGGACUUCCAAGCUGCUGCCAUGAGGGGUCAUACCGAUGUCGUGGAACAAUGUCUCCAGCAGGGAAUGAAUGUUGAUGAAGUAUUAAAAUGUGGAUGGACGGCCCUCAUGUACGCUGCCAACUCAUCGAAUCCAAAACUUGUCCGGUUUCUGCUCGACAAGGGAGCCAAUCCAAAUUUUGAUAAAGAUUUCUACACUGUGUUAAUGUCUGCCUGCUCAUCUACGCGAGAACUGAACAACUCCAUCCUAGAGUGUGUGCAGGCUCUUGUUGACGCUGGGGCGGAUGUCAAUGUCAGAGACAGGUACCACGUGUCUCCCCUCAUGUGUGCUGCACGGGAAGGUCAUGUGACUGUCAUGGAUUACCUCAUUGGCAAAGGGGCUGAGCUGAACCGCCAGGACUCUCGGGGCUGGACAGCCAUGUCAUGGGCAGCAUCCAAGGGGCAUCUGAAGGCCGUGAAGCUGCUGCUGGACAAGGGAGCUGAUCGUACUCUCAAACACUCGGAUGGUCAGAGGGCAGUGGACAUUGCCUUGAAUGAUGAGAUGGCCUGUUUGGUAGAGGGCAAGCCCUAUGUCAGGUCCGUCCCCAAGCCUGUUGUGAUGAAUGGGCACACUGUGGAAGGUGGAGAAGUACUGGGUAGGGAACAGAAGCAGAGAGUGAGGCCGCCCCCACCUGAAGGAGACUUGAUCCCUGUAGACAAACCUGUUGAUGAGCGGUACGGAGAGCUGGAGGUGUUUCUGUAUGGCCUCGAAGUCGGCCACCUCAUUCCUCUCUUUAGAGAUCAACAUGUCGACUUCUUCAACUUUCUACGCUUCAACGAACAAGAUUUGAUAAAUAUGGGGAUCACUCAGAUAGGAGUACGCAAGAAGCUGCUGGAUGCUAUUGAGGUGGUUCACAAGAAGGAGUGGGACACGUCCAGCCUCAUCUCCAGACAGUACAACAAACACAUCGGCUGCCCGGAUGCCAUCGCCAUGGUAGCCAACAUCUCCAAGCACCUGCGCUACAUCGGCAGUACAGUGGUAUAUGUGCGAGAACAAAUCAGGACCCACCCACAAAUACUCAAUGAUGCCAGGGAUGGCACGGGGCCAAGGCAGCUUCACAAGCAUACACAAGAUGCCUCGAAAAAUCUUGACGCCUUGGCAAAGGAAAUUAGUCGAUUACACAGUCGCCUAAAUGUGGAGAUGAAAAGAUUGAAUAUAGAUCCGCCAGAUUUGGUACUAACUUCCUCCAAAGCCCGGUUAAGGUGCAGAUCACGGGUCAUGCGGCUCAUGUCUGUAUCAAUGGUGGCAACGGUGGCGGCUGUGCUGUGGUGGAAGCGAGAUGUCGUGUUGGAGCAGGCAACGUCACUGAUCAAGACAUCGGGAAUAAUAGGGAAAAACACAUAGUCAUGAUACUGGUAUAUUCCUAUAUCCUGGGUAUAUAUCAUAUAACCUAUUUGUGGAGGUAUAUGGGUAUAUCCCUUUCACCUAUUCUUGAAGGUAUAUGGCUAUAUAUAUCCUAUAACCUAUUCUUGAAGGUAUAUGGAUAUAUAUCAUAUAACCUUUUUGUGAAGGUAUAUGGGUAUAUAUCAUAUAACCUAUUUGUGAAGGUAUAUGGGUAUAUCCCUUUAACCUUAUCAUGAAGGUAUAUAUGAGUAUAUCCUAUAAGCUAUUCUUGAAGGUAUAUGGAUUUAUAUCAUAUAACCUAUGCUUGAAGGUAUAUGGAUAUAUAUCAUAUAACCUAUUUGUGAAGGUAUAUUGGUAUAUAUCAUGUAACCUAUUCAUGAAGGUAUAUGGAUAUAUAUCAUAUAACCUAUUCUUGAAGGUAUAUGGGUAUAUCCCUUUAACCUAUUCAUGAAGGUAUAUGGGUAUAUCCUAUAACCUAUUCAUUAAGGUAUAUGGGUAUAUCUCUUUAACCUAAUCGUGAAGGUAUAUGGGUAUAUCCUAUUACCUAUUCAUGAAGGUAUAUGGAUAUAUAUCAUAUAACCUAUUCUUGAAGGUAUAUGGGUAUAUCCCUUUAACCUAUUCAUGAAGGUAUAUGGGUAUAUCCUAUUACCUAUUCAUGAAGGUAUAUGGGUAUAUCUCUUUAACCUUAUCGUGAAGGUUUAUGGGUAUAUCCUAUUACCUAUUCAUGAAGAUUUAUGGAUAUAUGUCAUAUAACCUAUUCUUGAAGGUAUAUGGGUAUAUCUCUUUAACCUAUUCAUGAAGGUAUAUGGGUAUAUCCUAUAACCUAUUCAUUAAGGUAUAUGGGUAUAUCUCUUUAACCUUAUCGUGAAGGUUUAUGGGUAUAUCCUAUUACCUAUUCAUGAAGAUUUAUGGAUAUAUGUCAUAUAACCUAUUCUUGAAGGUAUAUGGGUAUAUCUCUUUAACCUAAUCGUGAAGGUAUAUGGGUAUAUCCUAUAACCUAUUCAUUAAGGUAUAUGGGUAUAUCUCUUUAACCUAAUCGUGAAGGUAUAUGGGUAUAUCCUAUAACCUAUUCAUUAAGGUAUAUGGGUAUAUCUCUUUAACCUAAUCGUGAAGGUUUAUGGGUAUAUCCUAUUACCUAUUCAUGAAGAUUUAUGGAUAUAUGUCAUAUAACCUAUUCUUGAAGGUAUAUGGGUAUAUCUCUUUAACCUAAUCGUGAAGGUAUAUGGGUAUAUCCUAUAACCUAUUCAGUAAGGUAUAUGGGUAUAUCUCUUUAACCUAAUCGUGAAGGUAUAUGGGUAUAUCCUAUAACCUAUUCAUUAAGGUAUAUGGGUAUAUCUCUUUAACCUAAUCGUGAAGGUAUAUGGGUAUAUCCUAUAACCUAUUCAUUAAGGUAUAUGGGUAUAUCUCUUUAACCUAAUCGUGAAGGUAUAUGGGUAUAUCCCUGUGAACACUACCGCCAGUGUUCCCUAUACCAAGUAUACUAGCGUAACUGUGAUAGAGUUCACACAGACUCUCUGUACCAUACAAGCAUUAGUUGGUCUCGACCUAUGACCUUUCCUGUACAAACAGGUUACUUUUUUCUCUUGUAUUCUAAACACUCCUACUUGGUUCUCAAGCAAUGUCCAUAUUUUACCUCUCCAAUAUGACAGAUUAAUGUCAACAUUUGUGCAGACCAACAUUUUGUCUGGUUUUACAGGCUAUUUUCAUACACAGACACAGAGAGCUAUUUACACUGUAAUUAAGAAUAACCAAUUUGUUUUCAAGGUUGAUUUCAGAUUAAUUUCCUAAAGAGAAAACCUUUUU